AUGUCAUCACAGGCAGACAUCGAUCAACUAGCUCAAAAUUUUGGCAUCAAGAAUGCAGAACUGAUUAAGACAGGUGCUUUCAUAGGGGGCGAAUGGCUUCAUUUCAAUGACGAGACGUUUUCUGUUGAAGACCCGGCCACCAAUAAGCACCUGCUGAAAGUUUCUAAUACGCCUAUUGAAGUUGUGGAGCAAGCCAUCCGUGAUGCAGAUAUUGCAUUCAAAGAGUUCAAAAAAACGACGGGCAGGCAAAGAAGUUUGUUACUCCGAAAACUUUACGACUUGAUGAUUGAAAAUGGUGAAGAUCUUGCCAAAAUUUGCACCAUAGAAAAUGGUAAACCUUAUGCUGAUUCCUUGGGGGAGUUGAAAUACGCCUCGUCCUUUUUCGAGUGGUUCUCGGAGGAGGCUCCUAGAAUAAAUGGUGAUAACAUAGCUUCCGCAGAUCCCAGCAGACGGAUAAUCACCUACAAGCAGCCAAUUGGACCAGUCGGUAUUUUAACACCAUGGAAUUUUCCAAUUGCGAUGAUCACAAGAAAAUUAGGAGCAGCUUUUGCUGCGGGAUGCACGGCUGUUAUCAAACCAGCCACCGAAACCCCGCUUUCAGCGUUGGCCAUAGCAGUUCUUAUCGAGAAAGCCGGUUUCCCUAAAGGCGUUGUGAGCAUCAUCCCAGUCAAUCAAGAAAGGACCAAAAUUGUUGGACAGAUGUUCUGUGAAUCUCCGUUGUUGAAGAAAAUUUCUUUCACGGGUUCAACUGGUGUUGGUAAAAUUCUUAUGGCCCAGUCCGCUUCCACUCUUAAAAAACUAUCAUUUGAACUAGGCGGAAAUGCACCAUUUAUUGUCUUCGAUGAUGCAGACGUUGAUCUUGCUGUGCAGGGUGCUAUCGCAUGCAAAUUGAGACAAUCUGGUCAGACAUGUGUUUGCGCUAACAGACUAUAUGUCCAAGAAGGGAUUUAUGAGACCUUUGCAAAAAAGUUAGCUGAUGCGGUUGGCAAACUCAAGCUGGGCAAUGGACUGGAAUCAGGAACUACGCAUGGGCCUUUGAUUCAUCAAAGAGCCGUCUCAAAGGUCAGGUCACAUAUUAAAGACGCUGUCAGCAAAGGAGCUAAGAUAGUUACUGGUGGCAAUGUUGAAAAAUCUUUAGGAGAUAAUUUUCAUCAACUUACCAUUUUGGUCGAUGUUCCCUUGAAUGCAGUAGUGACGAAAGAGGAAACGUUUGGCCCAUUAGUUCCAUUGAUCAAGUUCAGUACUGAAGAGGAAGUCAUUGACCUUGCUAACGAUACUGAGUAUGGUCUGGCGGGUUAUUUCUUCUCGAAGGACUACGCUAAAGUGUUUAGAGUGAGCGAGCAGCUCAACAGUGGUAUGGUGGGUGCCAAUACCGGGGCCAUGACGGAAGCUGCUCUUCCAUUCGGUGGUAUUGGCUGGUCAGGAUUUGGAAGAGAAGGUUCCAAGUAUGGAGUGGAUGAUUACGUUGUUCUAAAAUCUGUUGUUAUCGGUAAUGUUUAG